GAGACAACGAAACCGGAAGCGGUACCGGGGAGAGAGAGCCUGAAACCGGAAGCUUCAGGAGACACACCGGUGUGACGGGUCUGACAGCAAAGCUGCGCAUCCUGAUAGAGGUAUGAGCAUGUAUUAGAGUAUAUAGAGUAUAUAUAAACAUGUUCUACUGACAGCAGCCCUAACACUGGGAAUAGGGGCACACAAAUCACUUAUAUAUAUAUUUAUUGUGUGUGCUUUAAUUUGCUAUUAAAUUCCAUUCCUUUUACAAGCCUAUAUUUUUAUUCCCUCCCCCAGAAUUAAAGAAAAAUAAGUUAAAAACAAAUUAACUAUUUCUACUUUUUCUUUCCUUUCUGAAAUAGAACACUGAAAGCUAGCUUUCACUCAUUUUAUAUAAAUAGUUUAUUACUUAAUUAUUACUUUAUGUUUUGCUAGAAGCUUGUGUAUUUUAUUUAAUUUAUUUUAUUUUUUUUAUUUUGCAUGUGAUGGCUCCAGUUAUAUUGUACUAUUACAGUGUUGGUUAGACCAACUAAUUUAAUAUUGUUACUCUCCAAUGUGUGACCAGUAAGGGAUUCACGUUGAAUUUCUAAAUGAAUUAAACUGAAAACUUAGCAGACUUGGAGUCUUAGCUAUUUUGGGUUUAAUAUUUUGAAAUUAGAGUUUCUAUUCCUUACAGUUCACACAUUGGUGAAGUACACUGGGGAAAGUUUCCAUUGCAGAUUGGGGUGUGUGGGGGUAAGGGGGACUGGCUUUUAAUGCUUAAUGAAGAUGUUUCACGACUUUUUGGAUUCUGGGAGAGAAAUCUCAUUACCUGGAGUCGAGAUUAUUAUUAUUAUUGUUGUUUUACUACCGUGAACAAUGUGGAAAAUGUUUUAAAUAUUGAAAGGGUUGAACUUGAAAGACUAGAUUAUUUUUAUUUAUUUUGUUACCUUUAAAAAGGGAUUUUUCCCCCCAUUUUCACUGUAGCCUGUUGUAUUGAUUAUGGUGCCAGCAGGACCCAAAUUAAAUCUCAACCAUAAAACCAUUUUCAAACUAGUUGUGUGGUUUGUUUGUUUGUUUUGUUUUUUUAAUGUUUUGGCAGUUACUUUGGGUUUGGCAAUUACAUUGGGAAAUUGAUAUUUCCAUUUAGAGAUAUUUUGUAUGGAAUACACUGGUUAAAGAAUGUCCGCAAAUGCAUUCAGACAAUUGACUACACUCUAAGUCAGGCAAAAUUGAUGUUGCUAAAGCAGAAGGGGAACUUUAGAGAGAUCCAUCUGUGAACAGAAGAUGUGUUUCCAGAUAAGUGUCAAACCAUUUAAAAUUAGUUUGACUCUUGUGACUAAGUUCGUAUACUUCAGCAGUGAAGUUUUUUUUUUUUUUUUUUGUCACUAUGGGACACAAAAAAUAUAUCCAAAAAGCCCAUGAAAAUGAGUCCAUAAAUACUUUUGUGAUAGGCAAAGCAAAUUAACAUUUCUGCUCAUAGGUUAGUGCUGACAGUCCCAAUUUCAAGGCCCUUCCUUGUAUUUCUUCUCUAGCUCCCAGCUAAUAAUUGAGACAACAGAAAACUCCAUGAUAAGUGCAGAGUAAAUGUGUCAUUAAAAGCUCUUUCUAUCCAUACAGAGGUGGUGAUAUCGCUCUAAACCCUGGUCCCUCCUCUACUAAGUCACCUGCUACCAACACCAGAAACUACAACAAUCUAAUAUCCAUUCCAUGUAACUCUCACUAUAAUUCCUCCUUUAAAGCUGCCCUCUGGAAUGCAUGCUCUGUGCGCAGCACCAUUAAAUCUACUUCCAUCCAUGACCUAUUUAUAUCACACUCCCUAAACCUACUUGCACUAACAAAAACAUGACUCUCUCCCUCUGAUACUGCUACCCCUGCCUCACUAUCCUUUGGUGGUCUUCACUUUACCCACAACCCAAGAUAAACUGAGAGUAAAGGUGGCGGUGUAGGUUUUCUGCGUUCAUCCCACUGCUCCUUUUAAACUCUGCCCAUCUUCUUCCCUCUCUUUCCCAUCAUUUGAAAUUCAUUCAGUUCGCCUUUUCAGACCCUUCUCUGCUAACAUUUCCAUUAUUUAUCGUCCCCCUUCCUAUUCCUUGACCACUUUGCUGCCUGGCUACCCUACUUCCUCUCUUCUAAUAUUCCAUCCCUAAUUCUUGGGGACUUAAAUAUUCCCAUUAACCCACCUUUGACUUCAGCCUAACCCCUAAACUACUUUCAAUUACUUCCUCCUUCGGACUAUUGCAGUGGGCUAAUUCUCCCACCCAUGUAGCUGGCAAUACCCUCAACCUCAUUUUCUCUAAUGCAUGUACAGUAUCUAAUAUCUGCAAAACGUCUUAUCAUUUGCUCUACAGUACCCCCUCACCCAACAACCUCAGCCUAACCCCCCUCAACUCAGGAGAAACCUUAAUUCUAUUGACCUCCGUCAGCUGAUAUUGAUUCACAACUGCUAUCCAUCCCUUCCCUCUCCUGUCCCUCACUGGCCAUCUCCACAUAUAACACUACCCUCACCUCUGCCUUGAACGCUGGAGCCCCACUCCAAACAUGCACCUCGAGGAGGGCAUGCCCCCAACCAUGGCAUACUAAAUCAACACGCUAUCUGCAAAGUUGGUCCUGUUGUGCUGAACGCUCCUGGAGGAAGUCUCGCACCCAGGCAGACUUUCUCCAUUAUAGAUUAAUAUUGUGUUCAUACAGCGCAGCCCUUGCCCCUUGCCAAACAGUCAUACUUUUCCUCUCUCAUUAGUUCAUGCUACCGCAAUCCCAGGGGUCUCUUUGACACCUUUAACUCUCUUCUUCGCCCUGCUGUGACCACCCCCCAAACUCCCCCCAAACUAACCUUACAGCUGAUAGCUUUGCAUGCUGCUUUACUGACAAGAUUGAACAGCUAAGGAAAGAAUUCUCUCCACCUUGCCAUUCUCUUUCUCAAUCACACGUAGAUCAUGCCUUUCCUACCCUUCAGACUUUCUCACUGGCUACUGAACAAGGGGUGGCUGCACUUCUCCUUUCCUCUCGCCCGCUCGAUCCUGUCCCAUCUCCCCUCAUCAGAUCUCUCUCCCCUUGUCUUGUGCCUUCCUUAACACACAUCUUCAACUGCUCUCUCUCUCUUCUGGCAUUGUCCCUUCAGAUCUUAAACAUGCCACUGUAGUACCUAUUCUGGAAAAAACAUCUCUUGACCCGUCCUAUCCCUCUAUCGUCCCAUAUCCCUGCUCCCUUUUUCCUCAAAGCUUCUGGAAAGACUAGUCUUUGCCUGUGUCUCACUUCCUCAAUUCCAACUCUCCCCUUGACCCUCUUCAGUCUGGAUUCCGCCCUCUCCACUUUACUGAGACUGCUCUUAUCAAAGUUACUAAUGACCUAAUCGCAGCUAAAUCCAAAGGCCACUACUCCAUACUAAUUCUUCUUGACCUCUUUGCUGCCUUUGACACCGUUGAUCAUGCUCUCCUUCUUCAAUCACUCGAUCUCUGUUCUCUCAUGGUUUUCCUCUUUCCUCUCUCCCAACACUCAUUCAGUGUCUCCUUUUCUAGGGAUACCUCCUCCCCUCAUUCUGCCUUGGUUGGAGUCCCCAAGGCUCUGUCCUUGGUCCCUUUCUAUUUUCUUUUUGAACUGCCUCUCUUGGCAAACUUAUUGCCUCUUUUGGAUUUCACUAACACCUGUACGCUGAUGACACCCAGUUAUAUCUCUCCUCCCCAGACCUCUCCCCUGCCAUCCUGCAACGUGUCACUGCUUGCCUUUCUUCCAUUUCUGACUGGAUGUCCUCCCGCAUUCUGAAACUCAAUCUCUCUAAAACUGUACUCCUUGUCUUUCCUCCUCCUAAUACUGAUCCUCCUAUAUCGCUCUCCCUUCAAGUCAGUCGUAUCCACAUAAGUCCAUCCUUGCAAGCGCGCUGUCUUGGUAUCAUAUUUGACUUUGGCCUCACGUCUAGUAUGUUGCCAAAUCCUGUAGAUUCCAUCUUAGAAACAUAGCCCACAUCCGCCCCUUUCUUACAAAAGAUGUUACCAUGGAGUUUGUCCAUGCUCUAGUAAUUUCCCGCAUGGAUUGUAACCCUCUUCUGAUUGUAGCAGGGCAAUAUGGCUAUUGGGAAGACCAGUCUGUAAUGAAUGCCGCCACCAGACUGAUUUUCCUCUCUAGUCGGUCCUCUCACACCUCACCCCUCUGUCAGUUCUUUCAUUGGCUUCCUGUAUCCUAUAGGAGUCCAUUCAAAGUGCUAACCCAUAUAUAUAAAGCACUGAACAAUUCUAGCCCCUCUUAUACCUCUUCACAGAUCCAUAGGUAUGCUCCUUCUCGGUCCCUCCGCUCUGCCCGUGACCUUCUCUUGUCCAUUUGCUCUCACCCGUACGGCCAACUCGCGCUUGCAGGACUUCUCGCGGGCGGCUCCCUUCCUAUGGAAUAGCCUGCCUACCCCCACCAGACUGUCCCCUAGUCUUCAGUCAUUUAAGAAGUGCCUCAAAACCUAUCUCUUUAGGAAAGCUUAUGGCCUCCCAGAGUAACCUCUACCUUACAUGCCUGCCUCUUGCUCUCUCAUAAAGGGCAGCGCUCUACUCUCUCCUCCAGCUCUGCUUCACUCCCACCUUAUUUGAUUGAUAUUUCUGUCCCAAUGUGUUUUAUACCCCAACAUCCUAUAGACUGUAAGCUUGUUUGAGAAGGGUCCUCUUCAACCUAUUGUUCCUGUAAGUUUUCUUGUAAUUGUCCUAUUUAUAGUUAAAUACCCCUUUCUUAUUAUUGUAAAGCGCUAUGGAAUCUGUUGGCGCUAUAUAAAUGCUGAUGAUAAUAAUACCUCUGCCAGGUCAUCAUCUUCUCUGCUACAAGGGACUUUGGAGUGCUUCAGACCCAGUCGCUGAAGCUUGACUGGGGUUGCUGAAGACCUCUUCCACUGGACCAGGCUGCAGUGAAAAAUACUUCCUGGACUGAGCCCCUCACACAAUGUAUAUCCUUAGAAAGCUUGUCACCAAGCGCCUUUGCUAUCCAAAUAGCACCCUGAUUGGAGAGUCCGUGCCUGAGUUACAUUGUGUUUAACGUUUUAUGAUCUGGUGAGGAGUUGAGGGUGUGUGGUGGCUAAGUUCCGGUCUCCAAAAAGGUUCCCGUAUCUCUGAGGAGGAGUGCACUCUCAUGUCUAAGUUAUCCUUGUAUACCACCCCUACAUAUAGUGCUUUAUGGACCCAGUCCAUAGUCUGUGGGCAGAAGCCUGGCCUUCAAGUCUAACCUAAAGUCUGUGGCAAUGGAGCUUCCGUCACAACUCUUAAAAGUGUAAUGGCGCCAGGGAAUUAUAUGUAAAAUAUAAUAUUACAUUUUAGUCUGAUACAGUUAAUGUUUACAUUUGUUUUUUGUUUUUCUUUAUUUUCCUUUAAUAAUCUGAUUCCAUGCAAUAUGUCAUAUCAGCUCGUGUGUACACUGUGCAACGUAGUUGUCUUAGAAACGUAUAGAUUAGCAUUUGUUUUAUAAAUAAUUUUUAUACAUCUUUUGCUAGCAUUGGCAGUGUGAAAUUGAAUCUAAAUAUGUAAGUUAGCAACAUUUUUAGUCUUGCCAUUUGGCUGGCACAAUGUAGAUAUAAAAUAACGAGUUAAAAGUGGCCCAUUGUAAUGCCAUGCUAUGGGAAACGGAAAUGUCUCUAUUGAAUUACAGUGUAAUGCAGUGCCAGUUCACAAAUUCAUGCUCCUAUUAAAAAAAAAUAAAAAAAUACAAAACCGCACAAAUAAAUACUUUAUCUAAAAGGGGAAGCUUUCUGAGAUAAGACAAGCUGGUCCUAACAUUUUUAAUGAAUAAUAGCAUUGUCCAAACUCACAGUGAAUAUAUUAUUAAAAUAACAUUACCCACCAAUUCAUAUGUAGUAUCUAUGCCUAUGUACAAGGUUUAUAAUUUGCAAAACAAAUGCCUGGUUUAGAUCAGAAUGUUCCCUUUAUUUUAUCUGGUGCUAAAUGUUACAUUUAUUUCCGUGCUGAACACAGUGAACAAUCAGUUGCAGAAGAUAUUUUGUAAUGUAGUGUAAUUCUUUAUAUUUAUUCCUAUUUUCUCUCCUUAGCUUGUGGUUUUGUCGUGUAUCUCAGAAACUGUCAGAUUGGGGUGCCCCAAUGCCGCUGGGACUUGGCCGUAAAAAGAAGGCUACUCCUCUUAUGGAGGAGGAAGAUGUUGGGGAACGCAGCUCAUUGGCAGUGUCGCAAACCGGUGGUGUGCCUGGUGGGACUCUCUCACCGGUUGCUCCCGGUUUGCCGCCUCCUGCCCUUGCCCUGCGCCCUCGGUUGGUUUUCCACGCUCAGCUUGCACAUGGCAGCCCCACAGGCAGAAUUGAGGGAUUCAGCAAUGUGAAGGAGCUGUAUGCAAAGAUAGCAGAGGCAUUCAAUUUGUCUCCAGGAGAGGUAAGUAGUGCAAGGAAAAAUAGCUACAUGAGAUACAAAACUGUAAUAAAUGUCUUUUUAAAAUAAUAAUGUAUAUAAAAUGAAAUAAUCAGUCUAGCUUUCACUACUCUAUUCAACUGAAUAGAAUAUUAUUAUUUCUAUUAUAUAUAUUAACAAAGUCUUUAAUGUAUUCUAGAGAAAUCUUGUGAAGUACUUUACUCUAUCCUGUUUCAUGAGACAACUCUUGAGUUUGUCUAAACGUUUUCUGUGCUGUAGGCAUUUGAUAGUGUUCCUUUGGGAUCCAGAGCUGAAUCCAUCCAUAAUGUGAAAUGUGUUAUAAGUGCACACUCCAAUUAUGUGAAACUGCUAAUAUUGGCCCAUAUUUUCUCUCACAAUUUUCUCUGGAUGACUCCAUAAUAUUACAGGAAGCUGGACAGCAAGUGGUCCUUGAUCGUUUCAAUGAAAAACCACUUGGUUUUUUAAAUGUAUGUAAACUGUAUAAAAGUAUAUUUUUUGCUUCUUGGAUCACAUGACUAGUAGAAUGUUGCCCCUGUUAUUUGGGACUAUCCAAGCAAAUGCACAGUCUAAAGCAUAUGUGGCAUUGAUGGAGCAGUAAUACAAGUACAGUGACCAUGUAGAGGAGCAAUAACAAUGUACCGUAUAUUUAAUUUUUUUUUAAUUUUCCACUAGGCGUAGCACUGUAGGAUCAAAGUGAGUUAUUUAAAGGAUUAUGCUUGUUGACACACCUUAUAGACUAUACAUGUAACAAUGGAAAUGAAAGUGCAUGUUUUAGAUGUUGUUAUUUAGGGGUAGCCCAAAGGUAGAUCCUCAGCUGUUGGGAAAUCUACAGCAUCCAUGAUUCUUUGUCAGCAUUAAUGCAUUUACUUUGUAGAAUUAAGUAGAAACAUACCUUUGCUAUUCUUCCAGAUUAGUCGUAUUUUAAUUUUCAUCUAUGUUGACCCAAAUUUAGCAGUUUUCUUGUUUGUACUACAAACCGAAACAGUGCUUUAAUAAAGCAUGUUAUGCUAUGUAUGCUGGAGACAGAUGCCCAGUAUGCACAGAAUUAACAAUAGCCAGCAGCAAAUGCAUAUUCUCUAUGUGCAGCAUUUCAUAGUGAAACAGUGCACGUUCAGACUCCAAGCACUAACUCUUGACGUUUUUUACUGUUGCCAAGCUUAAGGAGUACUAUUGAUGACCAACUUUGGCAUUGUAGAACGAUAUACCCUAGUAUGCUUAUCCAGCCUGUACGGAAACUGUAAUUCUCCACCUCUAUUGCCAAAGUUCACUAUCACUGCUACAUGAGUUGCGAGGUGAGCAUCAACAAUGAGGAUGUGACUUUAUCCUGACUGACUGCAUGCUAAGGAAAUCAGCUGAAUAGUGUGCAGGAAGUGUCUCUGCACCCGCAGUUUUCAUAGAAACUGUUUAUAUAUUAAAAAUAAAUAAAUAUAGUUUUCUCUUAAAAUUCUCACUAAAGCAAGCUUGUCCUCCCUACAUGGAAUUGCCCUCUGUCUUGGGAGAGUAAAAGUGAUCUAGAAAAUCAUAAUUUAUUCCCAGAUCACAUGAAGGGAAAUUAUUCUUUAAUUAAAAGCAUGAUUUCCAUAGCAUUUACACUCUGCUGCUGCAAUCUGUUUGUCCCUGUUGGCAAGUGUGUGUUUUUUUUUUUUUUUUUAAUGUCAUAUUUCAUCAGGUCUAGUAUUAUAACGGUUUCUGCAGAAUUGUGUUUCAGUGACAAAUAACAGAUGACAGCUGAACAUGUACAGUCUAAUACAGGAAAUGUUUAAUUAAGGCUUGUGGAGGCCAUAAAGCCUGUGCAUUUAUAUCAGAAACUGGCAAACCAGAUGGGAAACCUCCUUCCAUAGUAUGGAAAUCAACCUUUCUAUGCAAUUGAAAAUCCAUAAAAAGCCUAUCUUCCUGCAAUAAUAAUCACUUAAGCAAAUGUAAAAGUAUUUCCUUUUAAUGCAACGUGCAUAAAGAGGAUCAGUCGCCAAAAACAGUGCUUGAAAAAGUUUUCCAAUACAUUUUUUUCGCCAAGGACAAAACAUUUCAUGAGAACUAUGACUAGAGUUAACAAAUAUUUUCAAACACGUAUAUUAUUAGUUAUUUCUACUCGAACUCUCAUUCUGCAUCCCAUUGCCUCCUUCCCUGUAACUGUGUCUCAGACCCUCCUAGGACAUAUUGAACACUUGGCCCCUUUCUUUCUCAGCCUUUAUAUGAGGCCCACAGCCUCUCUAUUUUUCCCUGACCACUACUGCCCUAAUCUCAAUGAUUUAAAUCCCUCCCCAGUAUUUCCAAGCUUCCUCUGCACAUAUUUCUCUCCUCCCUGGUGUGUCAUGCCAUCCCCCAGUGUCUCACUACCACAUUUACUUUCCCUCUCCCAGCAUUCUAACCCUCCUGAUCUUUAUACACUCCAUUGUGCCACAUCUUUGAAGUAUGCCAAAUAUCAGUGGUUAAAUCCCUUCACCAUGUGUCAUUCCACUCAGUCCCAAACCCCUCUGUCACCCUCCUGUCCCAAAUACCCAUUGCCUCAUAAUCACUCUUGUGUCAAACCGCCUCCCAUCUCUGUAUCAUUCCCAGAGUUAUUACAUCUUUCCCCUUCAAUUGCAUUAUUAUUAUUAUUAGAAUUUAUGUAGCACCAAUAUUUUCAGCUGCUGUUUACAAUUCUAGAAUGGGAAUACUUGGCAUACUUUGGCCUCUGCCCAAACAAACUUAGUCUAUGAAUUGCUGAUAUUCACAUAGUGUACGCCUUUACAUAUAUAUAUAUAUAUAUAUAUAUAUAUAUAUAUAUAUAUAUAUAUAUAUAUAUAUAUAUAUAUAUAUAUAUAUAUAUAUAUAUAUAUAUAUAAUUUUCUUUUUAUUAUUUAAAAGGGUUUUUUGGUUUACAGAAAGAAGUCAUACAUCACAUGACAAUACAUAGAUACAGGUACACAGGAGGUCUAUUGUGGUUUACAUUCUGGACCUUAGGUAACGUUCCCAGCAUCAGAUUUAAUUGAGCUAGGGUGUUGUGAGUAACCGUGUCCCCAGUAGGCAGAGUUGCGGUGCAUAGUGUGUUGAACAGCUCCUGUUGGGAGGCAGGUGUAGGAUCCCGAAGGCAGUGUGUUGUUUUGGGUGCCCUGCCAUGAGUGUUGGCUUUAGAAGGGGAGAGAGGUUGAGAGUAGUGGGGACCUCGAGCCCCCACGCAAGGGGCGCAAUCGGGUUCUGUUUGUUGGGACAGUGUAUGGUGGGGAGGGGGUGUGCUAUGGGUGCAGUCUGGAACCUUUUUCAGUAGGUGUGCUUGGGGUCUCUGUGUGCUGUAUUUCCCCUGCAGGGUUGCACUGUGUUUCUGGUUGGGUGGGUUUUUGUGUUGUCCAGUUGGAGUAAAAUUUUGCUAUUAUGUCCCGUUGUGGGUAUUGUUUCAUUCCAAUCAUCAUUUUCUAUAUCUGUUUUACAAAUCCUCUGUCACGUUCCUGUUUAUCAUCAGCUGUAUUUUAUUUUUGGGGCACUUAGCGUCCAUGGAUGUGUGAAUGCAGUGCUGAUCAGUAACACAAGAAGUCCAGGUUCUUGCAGUUAUCAUUCAUACCACAGAUAAGAACUUGGAUCAUUGAGCCUCCAAUAAUAAGAAAGUGAUGAUGAUAUCCCUUGCACCUUGUGACUGCAUACAUUACAUAAUCCUAAAUUUGCUUGCUGUGGCUUAAUUUCCUCUCUCCAGUGGCAUAUUUUGUAAAUAUAAAAAUAUAUUUUAUUUUUUUAUUCACAGUGAAAUCUUUGUGGUCCCCUCUGUAUCAAGCUUAUUAUUUAACAACUAAGCUUGACUGCAAUUGUUUCAUCUAUAUGCUAUUAAUAUCUGAUAUUAAACAGUACUAAUUUAUCUCGUAACCAAUAAAAUAAAUACAAAAGAAAUGGUGUGGUGUACUACAAAUACAUGUGUGAGGAUCACCAAUGAGAUACUAUACAUACACUGGUUAUCGGCCUCCCAAAAUAUACUGGUAGUACUCCAGUUAGGAAAUGCUAUUCCAGCUUUUAAUCACUUAAAAACAUAAAACAAAACCGUGUAAAACUGUUAGAUGCAAUGAUAAGGUGAUUAAUGCACUCACAAGUGGUCCGCCACUAACAGUGUCCAGAAAGGCACAAAGGGACUCCAAGAUGUUCUCAGUUAGCUCCUGAAUGCACCAAGGUCCUGGAUCCCAAUAGGUAAUAAAGGAGUGAGUUAUAGAUAAGGAUGUCCCAAAUAGAGUGGAGAAAGAGUUAAAGAGGCUCUGUAUGCGUCCGACCAGUUUCAUCCUCAGGACUUUUUCAAGGAAGAUCUUAGAUGUAGUCCACACAAUUCAGACUUAUAAACCCCAACGAUUUUUGUGUUGGUGACAACUAGGAGACUCACUAUAUCUUUUAUUUUUUUUUAUUUUUUUUUGUGCUUUUGUAUCAAUAAAAUAAAUAGUCUGUCUUAUUUUGAACAACAAAAUCUAGUAAGUUUUACUACACAAGGUAUUUAUAGCGUGUUACGGAGCAGCGUCUCUCCAUCACUUUACCUACCUUUAUUGGUUUAGCUGCUUCAGCAUCAGUAUAACCAUAUAUUUUUUUUUUUUUUUUAAAAUAGCAGUGAAUUUAGCCCAUUUCCCCAUACACUAGGGGAAGCUUCUCUUUAAAAUGCUGCACAUACAGAUAUUACAUACAUACAGAUAAGGAAAGCAUUCGAUUGGCUGAGAACACCAUAGGUGGGGUGGGGGCGGGGCCAGCCAAUCAGCUUCUCCUCAUAGAGAUGCAUUGAAUCAAUGCAUCUCUUUGAGAAACGUUCAGCGUCUCCUUGCAGAGAGUAGACGCUGAAUGGCAGUGCUGCUGCCCCAUAAACCACCUCCAGUGGCCACUGCAGGUGUCCCUAUGCUUUAAUGUACAGAAAAGACUGUAUUUGCAACAAAAAACCUGCAGCAACUGUCUAUAGUCACCACAACAACUACAAUGCCCUGUAGUUGUUCUGGUGAUUUAUAGUGUCCCUUUUAACACUUCUUACUAGAGGUGUACAUAGGACUAUAGUGAUUAUGAUGCUUGGAGUAACCCUUUGUUUGAAUUACAUCAAAGCAGAUUUUUGAGAAUCUGUCAUUUGAGGCAACUUAAAACUCCCUGAUCACAGUGAAUCUCCUCUUCCAAUUCUCUGUGGUAUUUCUAUAUGUACAAGGUGGCCUAACCGUUUAUGGCAUUGUUUUAAAAUGGUUUGGUUUGUUAAAGCUACCUCACCUCUUUCUCACUUGUCUUACUUCAGGUUAUGUUCUGUACUCUAAAUACUCACAAACUGGACAUGGAUAAGCUUCUUGGAGGCCAAAUUGGCUUGGAGGAUUUCAUCUUUGCUCAUGUACGAGGACAGAAAAAGGAGCUAGAAGUCUAUAAAUUUGAGGACUCCCUUGGACUCACAAUCACUGAUAAUGGAGCUGGCUAUGCUUUUAUUAAGGUACAUUUUAUUGAGUUACUGUUCUAGCACCUUCUUUUUAGGGGCCUAUUCUACUACUUGAACUCUAGUUCAGUUUGUUUUCUCAUGAUUACAUCCCCAUUUUAUUUAAUAUUCUUAAUGGUCCGUCUUCUGCAGCGUAUCAAGGAGGGCAGUACUAUCGACCGCAUGCAGCUAAUUAAUGUUGGAGACCUUAUCGAAUCCAUCAAUGGAAAAAAUCUGAUAGGUUGUCGUCAUUUUGAGGUGGCCAGGACUCUGAAAGAACUUCCUCGAGGGAAAACCUUCACUCUGAAACUGUGUGAACCAAGGAAGGCAUUUGGUAUGUAUGUCAGCUGUGUGUAUUUCUACUGCAGACAGGCCAAGAUAUUAAAGGCAUACUCUCUGACUCAGGUGUGUGUAUUCUACACUCCUCAAAUCACAGGAACAUUAAAACUAGCAAUAACACCAAAAUCAACCCUUAAAAUCACAUAUCAAUAAAAGGUACAUAAUGGCAAAACAUAUAUUGCAGGGAAAUGCCUUUUGAGGUGUUUUGGGCACAUUCAUUAUCCAACUGACCUAUUGGUUUUAUUAUGAUGUCUGCAGAACUCCUCAAUUGAAUUAUUGUAUUCCUGAGUAGCAGAAUUCACAGUAAUUGCAGUACCAGGUGCUCAAAGUUUCAUAUAUUAGAAAUGUAUUGGUCCUUUCUUAUACUUGCUUACUGCUGAAAGUGUGUCCUUCUGGGGCUUUGAACACCAUGUUCAAGGGUUUGUUGGUGUGUGUAAUCUCUACCCACAAUCAUUCAAACAUUGGUUCCAUCAAAUGCAAGGCUCCAAAACCGUGUGUUAAGAUGGGGCAAAGAGCUGAGUACUGCGUUGGGAAAUGCUCAGUUUUUGCAAAUAAAACCCACAUGUCAGAAACCUGGUUGUAGCAGGAUUUAUGGUUUUUAAACCCCAGAGUAUUUUUCUAAAUCUAAAAUAACUCUUUUGAACUUUCCUAGCAUAAUGUAAAGAUGCCCAGUUGGAUUAUUUAUGUAUUUUGUAUGAUCUUUAUGCUUCCAGAAGCUACAUUCCUGAAGUCUCUACACCCUUAAGUACUUCCAGAGUCCCUUUUCCCUUUUUGUUGUGUUGGUUAAAAGUAGUGCUCAGUACUCUGAAAUUCAAACAAUUAAAUUAGUGUGUGGGGUUGGUUUUUGUUUUGUUUGUUUUUUUACAAUCUAGUCUAUUGUUUUAAAGUUCUCUAUUAUCCAAAAGCACAUUGCUUGUUUUAGGACUGUAACGGGAUUUGUGUAACCCCUUGUCACGAAGGGAUUAAGAAAAUCUGCCUUACUCUGUGAUGCAAUGUAAAUACCAGCAGUAACGGAUUAAUUUUGUGUGUGUUUAAUAACCCUUCUUAGACAUGAUUGGUCAACGUUCAGGAUCCACCGCUGUUAAUUCUGGUGUAUCACACUCUGGGAGAGGAACCUUGCGUCUCAGAGCCAAGGGGCCACCCACAGUGGAAGAACUGGUGAGCGAAAUUGCUGUAUUAUUGUGAGAACAGAAGAGCAAAAGAAAAUAACCUUUGUCUCAGGUUAUGUUCUUAUAAUGAAAUGUACUGGUUAUGUUAAGGUAUGGGCAAGAAGCAAAGUGAAAUAAUAUUUCAAUUAAAAAAAGUGAUUGCAGGCACAGCAUUAGAUCUCUUUCCCUCCCCCCCUUUUAGAGUUGGCAAAAUGUAUGUGUGAUUGCUACUUCCUUAUGACAACACUGAGUUGCAAACAUUUGUAAGAAAUGCACAUAGAGUAAAUCAGUGAAUGAACCAAAUCUCAGCUGAGGCAUCUCUAUGCAUUUCAUUGGAAAAUACAAUCUAAACAAAUCUUUAAAAUGCAGAUCAAUAUUCCAAAAUAUAGACCGUCCAGAUUGAUCCGCCUCAAUAUUUGCACCACAGUUCUGGACCUGUAUAAAGAAUCACCCAGCAUUUUCCCCUGUAAUCAGUCUUGGUUUACAUUUACAAUAUCUGGAUAUUUUGAAUUUUCGUCUUAUCCUCGCCCACUUGUGUCUCAUCCAACUGGAUUACACAUCAUAUCGUUUUUAUGAGUGCCAGUGAUUGCAUGAACACCAUUCUAAAGGCAUGGCCAGCAGACAAAUACUCUUUGAGUACUUCUAAGUUGUUGUUCGUUUAUUUUUAUUUUUUUCUCAAAUUAAAUCUCUUUAAAAAAAUGAUUUUUUUUAGCUCUCCUGGAGUACUUUUAUUUGAAGAUUAGAAGUCUCAUAAAUGUAGAUAUAUUUCAGUACGUUCUCUGUAGCUUUUUUUUUUUCUUUUUCUUUCAUUGGGUGUCAGGCUACAUUCUCUAAGACCUACUAUUUUGUUGAUUAUGAAGACUGAAAUUUAGUCUGCUGCCCAUAAAACAAAAUAAAUAGAAAUGACUGUUUAGUAGAGAAUACACUAAGGAAAACAUGCAUGCAUUUAAUUAUGCAAAAGCUGCAGUUCUCUUGUCUGAAGCCUUUGCAAGCCCUCCCUUUCUAAUCCAGCCCAGACUUUCUAUGGCCAAUCACAGACUCCCCAAUGUAGCUCAAUGAGAAGUAUUUAAGGCAAGCGCUCUGGGCAAUUGCCUGUCUUUUUUUGAGUUUCGCUCUACUGAGCUAAACAACCAGGAAGUAACCGCACCGGUUGUCUGGUUUACAGCCAGGGGGUGUAAAAAGGUUAAAUUAUAAAUGUUCCAAUUUCUGUUGAAAUAUGCUUAUCCAAAAUGAAAAAAAAUGGGAUGCACUCUUCACACAUGUAGCACCUCAGCAAAAUGAAGUGCUUUAGGGGUGUGGAGUGACCCUUAUAAGGAUGGUUUUUAGUGUCCAUGCGUGCAAGGUGAAGUUACAAAAAGUAUGGUGUUGGGAGACCUGUAGAUGAAGAGCACAGACUAGGCAGUGCAGCAAAGGAGUUUAAAUCUGAGGAGCAGUUUUUUUUUGUUUGUUUUUUUUUUGAGUUUGUGUGCAAACAUAUUUGAUACUUACUUUUUACCUUCUCUUUUGAGAUGUCCGUUAUUGAAGAGAAAGCGGUGCAGAAGGUGGAUGAUCUUCUAGAGAGUUACAUGGGGAUUCGAGACAGCGAGUUGGGUGAGUUACAUGUCUUAGUAGAAUUGUCCAACCUAUCAGCUCUUUCUCCUCUACUCAUUGACACCUUCGUACACCAUAUCAGAUCAAGACAUGAAAAACAUUGUCUGAUGAUCUAUUGCAUACCUUAUGCAAAGUCCAAAGUGCUGCAUAUUCAAUACAAAAUAUAAAAAGGUGAAAUACAGACUUGUUUUUUUUUUUUUUUUUAUAUAAAGCCUUAUUUUAGGUUCUGUGUAAAAUGCUGUGCAAACACUUUAAUUCACAUAACAUUAGGCAGAAAGAGGCUAAGCAAGUUAUAAGAGCCUCUAAAUCACACACACACGAGAAAAUAACAAAGUCCGUAAAAAAAGGGGAUAAAACAUUUUUUUUAGAUACAUAAAUGAAAAAAGGAAAGUUAAAAUAAGGAUUAGUUAGAUUAAAAAUAAAAAGAUAUGUAGAAGAGGGUAAAGGUCUAGCUGAUUGCCUCAAUUAAUAUUUUUGUUCAGUAUUUACAGAUGAAAAUGAAGGAAAGGGACCUCCAUUAAUAAAAAGGACAAAUGAGUCAUUUAUUACAUGUGAGUUUACAGAGGAAGAGGUUCUAUUUCAACUGUCAAAAGUAAAGACAAAUAAGUCAAUGGGACCUGAUGGAAUACACCCAAAGCUAUUCAAAGAGCUUAGUGGUGUACUAGCAAAACCAUUAAUGGGUUUAUUUGACCAAUCAUUGUUAACAGAGUAGUCCCAGAAGAUUGGAAAUUAGCGAAUGUUGUACCCAUUCACAGGAAAGGUAAUAGGGAGGAGUCGGGCAACUAUAGGCCAGUAAGCCUUACUUCAGUAGUGGGGAAAGUGAUGGAAACCCAUGUUAAAAGAUAGGAUUGUUGAACAUCUAAAAACACAUGGAUUUACUUCAGGGAGAUCAUGCCAAACUAAUGUUGAUUUUUGUUUUUGAUUGGAUAACUAAAAUAAUAGAUCAGAACGGUGCAGUAGACAUUGCUUACUUAGAUUUCAAAUAGCGAAUAUACGUGAUAAUACAAUUACCACAUCAAUACAACACCCAAUGUGACAUUUAUGUGGGUAUACUUCCCAAUAGUAGCAUCUAAUGAUAACAGCAAGAUUCUUUCUUUGAAAAUCUACAAGAGACAAAUAUUGCCACACAUAGUGAAAUCUGUAUAAUAAUAUUGUAAGAAGAAAUAUGAGAUACCAACUCACAAAUGUAGAGCCGUGCCAGGCUCUGUAUGGUCAGCGUUUGGGUGCCAAUAACUGGCUUUGAAACUACUCCAGAAGCAGGAUCUCAGUAGCAGUAGAAAAUUUAUUAAAAUAAUAACAGUAAAAUAAAAUAAAAUAGGACAUAUAUAAGCAGUGUGUAAGAAGAUAAUAAUAGACACUACCGCAGGAUAUAUAAUAAGUCCUAAUAAAAGUCCAAACAGCAAAUGCGUUUCGACUAAAAAUAGUCUUCCUCUGUGCAGGCUAAAUCAAAGCUAGCAUCAUGUUCCCUAUUAUAUCCUUAUGGAGUUGAAUUUUCGCGGCAAAGUACCGUUUAUUUCCGGGUCACGUGGUUGUUGGCGUCAACUUCCGGUUGCGUGCGUGCGUCACAGCGCCCGUGUUGCAAUCAUUUUCUGUUGAUAUAGGAAGUGCUGUAUCGUCCAUAUAGAGUAUGGGCAGUGUUGCCCUACAUGCAGGAAACAUAUCCAUAUAGCCAUCAUAAACAGACCUUAGUUAUAUAGUGGUUAUAUCUACCUUUUAGUCCUAUUUUUAUUCUUUAGUAAGUGGGGAAUGUAUUUACUCAAUGUAAUACAUACAUGUAUAUAAUGUACCAUUAAGAUUAUCCAUUCAUUUGUUGAACAUCUAAAAUCACAUUGAUUUCAAGAUCAGAGAAUUAAUAAAAAAAAAUAUUUAUUAUAUAUCUCUCAAAAUACGAGAACGAAAUAAUAUAUAUCUUUAUACAUAAGUAUAUAUAAAUAAAAAUUAGAUAUCUAUCUCUCUAUCUCAUGGCCUGAAGUUGUGGGAGGGGCUAUAGACCUAUAAAAGGGACUCCCCCCUUUCCCUACUUACCUUUGUUGGUCAGAUGAAUAGACUGUUCAAGGUCAGCAUUUGCAUGAGAUCCACCUCCAGGUCAUACAAGACUCCAUUUUGGUUUCACCUUUGCUCCAUGAGGUCUCCUGCAGCAGGGAUUUCCGUUAAUCCAGUGGCUUUCUCUCCGGUCAGCAUCGCAUUUGGUGUCUCAGGGACUCUCAAACCGUAAGUUGACCCACCUGUCGCGCCAGGAUUAGUUCCCACGGCGUUCAGCACAGCACGGGUCCUCACUUUACGGUUUCCUUUCGUUUUGCACGGUUAGUUCGUUACAUUAUACUCACCUAACUGUUCAUGUAAAAUCUGUUGGUAAAAAUCUGUUUUGGUUAAAAUCUGUUGGGUUAAAACUACAAACGAAAUACAAUUUUUCGCCUACACACUGACCCCUAUCGGUCAUUCGGUGUACUACAGGCUUCUCAGACAUUAUUGCAUUUCAUGUACAAACCAACGAACCACUGCAUUUUCGCCUACAUGCUGACCCCUACCGGUCAAUCGGUAUACUACAGGCUUCUCAGACUUUAUUUCACUUCAUAAGCAAACAAAUUAACUACAGCAUUUUCGCUUUUAUACUGACUCCUAUCUGUCAAACGGUAUACUACAGGCUUUUCAGACAUAUAGUUAUUCCCCUCAUAACAUUCCCAUUAUAAUUACACAAUAACACUUCCUUACAAAUCAUGCUUGCUAUGAUAUAAGCAUUCCUGCAUACCUGCCUAUAUAGGCAUUUAGUUACAUUUACGGACAAUACACAUACAUUUACCCAAGAAUGCACAUACUAUUUAAAGCACUAUGCAGGAUUCCAGAGUGUAAUACGGAAUAUUUGCAUGUUUGCACGCUUAAAAUAUAAGUCCUUCCAAUUAUGUAUUUUCACUUAUUAGGUUAUUCAGCUGCCAGUCAUGGUUCACUACACUCAUGUUUCGGGGUACAGUUGUAUUCCAUAUCACACAUGAUAUAACACUCCCGACAAGUUAAUUUCCUUCAAACAGGGGCAUUACAAGCAUACAAUAAACAUUGGGACGGAGCACUUUGCUCUAUUAAACUUGCAUAACACACAUAUGGGUAUACGCUUUUAAAUGUCUAUAUUCAAUUUUCAUACAUUGUUUUACCCGUCCGGGUUACAGGUAUUAAUAACCCUUACGACCAGUAAGGGUAUCUAAUCAUACUACCAGGUACAUACACCUGCUCUUGUGGUAUAUACAUAAAUUUUCUGUUUCCCCCUGGGUAUAUCCUUAGCGUACUGGCAAUUAGGGACUAUAGGUUUCCAAUAGGUAUUUUCCUUUCUUGGCAUCUACGCCUGUCGUAUAGUGGUCCCGCAAGGCCAACACCCUGCCUCAACGCUCGGAGGCAAACACCCAUCGGGCCACUCGUGAGCUGGCCGCCUCACAUGGUAUAUAGAGAGGGCCUCACCGGUCACUCCCUUCCCCUUUUUUAUGGUUACAGUUACCGAGAGGUCAACAUCCUGCCACUACGUUUGGUGGCCACAAAAAUCCCCUGGCGCCAUUGCAUAGAUAGAGCCUCUCAAGCCACUUGGCAACUAGCAGGGCCUCACCUGUCACCAAACAAAGGAUUAAUUGUUUCGCCAUGUGGCUUUAGCUAGCAAGCCAGUACUAGCACACUGUGGGUUCAUAUAAUAAUGGCUAUCUUCAUGUGUUUUUAGUAUGUAUCAAGCAGGUGGUAAGGAUUUCUCUCUACCUAACACUCCAGCUAGAGUCAACACACUUUCACUUGGAGAUGUUGCUAGUCCCACAGGACAAUUUUGUCCCAACACAGCGGACGAUCACGUUUCAGGCUCCAGGUUCUAGCACCUCUGGUAGUACGUAGAGAACUACCAGAGACAAAUUGGGUCGUCUCAUUCUCUUUGGCAAAUCCCAGAUUUGCAACAAUUUCCAUGUUGGCACAUGUAGUUUCAGUGCAUGCAGACUGUUGCAGAUAUGUUCUCAAUAUGUCAGGGCACAUGCAAAAACCAUGUGUCCCAGUAAAUGUACCCUGAACCUUACUUCACGUCUGUAAACAUUAUGCAUUUCCAGUACUUUCUAACUCUUCACCCUUCCAGACAUUUAGUUUAUUUCCUAAUCUCCGAUUUUUAAAGGCCUUCUGUUCAGGUAUUGCCAUAUACUUUUGGGGGAAUCUAGAAUGCCCUAACUUGCAGUCAUCACAGCAGCAUCCAACAGCUGGCAUUACACUCAUGGCCCAAGAAAUGGCAGAAAGAUUUCUACCUGGGCCUCUCCGAUCUACACAUUUACAGUGUGGUGCAAUCCCAUUGGGAGUGUCACAGGGAAUCUUCCCUCACACUGUAACUGAUCAUAGACUUAUCUGCACCUCACGGCUACCCCAUAGUCUCAACUACCUCAUACCCUCCGAGGAGUUUUCAUUACAGUAUGCCACCAUUGUUCAUACCAUUACAACUAUCACUCAAGCGGGGAAGCCUGGUUAAGUAAAACUGAUAUCUCAAAUGCAUUUCAGACUGCCACCAUCCACCCUGCACUGGCACUUACAGGGCAUUUAUGGGCAGCAGUUAUAUAUUUCUUCUCCGCUUAACUUUCGGGUCAAGAGCAGCCCACAAUCUUCAAUAUAUUCGUCGAACUCUUUACUGGUUGUGGUUAAACAUAUCCAGAUGCCCCACAGUCAUACACUCCCGAGAUGAUUUCUUGUUGGUCAAAGGGAAUGUCGAAUUCCCCCUCUAGAAGCUUCAAGGAAGCCAUUAGUAUGUCUGAACACUUGGGUGUCCCAGUAUUCCCUAAGGUCACAGAAGACCCAGACACUAUCUUUACAUUCCUGGGCAUACAACUUGACUCUGCAUCCAUGCCAACAAGUUACCACGUGAGAAAUAGGAACAGUCGCAACAACAACAAUUACCACCUCCUGCUUGGUACUUGCAACCACAUGGAACUACAAUCCCUACCAGGUUCCUUAAAUUUUGCCAUGCGCAUCAUACCGCAGGCCGCGCUUUCAUCUCCGACCACUUUGCUUUUUCCUCCCUCCCGAAUGAUCAGGGGCUGUCCCUAGACAACCAAGCCAUGGCCUGCCUACACAUAUGGUGGACUUAAAUCACACGUAAUGGUAAACUAUUGUGACAGCCGCCAUGGCAGGGGGUCAUUUAUGGUCAAGGUCAUGGAUUACAUGAACCUCGCCAACAUAGCCGGGCCCUGACUAAACUGGCCUUGUCCACAAGCACUCAACACGCUUGCUACAGGGUUUUCCACUUAUACAAUACGUUUCAUGUCGGACAAUCACUUAGCUGGUUUGAGGUUUCACCAUGUAUGGCAUUCGCCUCUUUUUGCCACCUUAAGUUAAUAAUUCUCGCACAACAUGGUUAAACUUUAUCUCACGGGCAUUCAACACUAUACGUAUUUCUCCUUCCCAAACAACAAGGGUUCCUAUCCUCCUACCCCAUCCAUACCUAAGAGACACAGCCAAGCGGACGUUCCCGCUAAAACUAAAUACUGGCCAUAGACCUACAAUGUUCAAACCAUGUCAGAACCACUCAGCCAUGCACUUCCGAGCCACGCACCAAUGCAGUUAUCAAAACUGCUACCUAUCUAGCCUUUAACGGCUUUCUCAGGCCAAAACAAUAUCUCACUAUCAGCGGCCAACAUCAUAAACAAGAGUGCCUGUUGACCUCUUAUCUUCUAAAACACACAGACCACUAUGUCCGGUCCCUUCCUAAAACUAAGACUAGUCAGAUGGGCGAGCCAGUGCAUAUAACCUACUACCUUACAAGCAAUGCUGGGUGCCCGGUUAAGGUACUGAUUAUGUUCUAGGGCACGCCACCAUACGCACCACUGAACUAUUACUGUCGCUGUACGAUACUGUCCUUACCACAGGUAAGUUCAUGCACUAUGUCCACCUACUCAUUCACCGGGCUCGAACUAAACCCUAGCACCUACUCAGGGCACUCCUUUAGGAUAGGAGCAGCUUACACAGCCUAUAGCCAAGACAUCCCCGCACACGUUAAGACACGGGGCCGCUGGGAAUCAUAGGCUUAUGCGACUUACAUACCAUAGCCGAUUCAGGAAUUAGGAAGCUUUCAUUAAAAUGUCUAACUGAUGGUUAACAAAUGCACUAUGAUCCUGUAUAAUGUUUUGCAUUAAUAUAUCUCCUUUUGCCCACUUUUUACCGGCCUACAACAUAUGUCGGUUUCGGCACACCUCAACCGAUUAUUCCUAAAGCUACAUCUCUACAACCCAUCUUAUUCUAGAUCAUAUGAGAAUGCCCCGAACACAAAUUGGAAGGCAUAGCCUGAAGUUGUGGGAGGGGCUAUAGACCUAUAAAAGGGACUCUCCCCUUUCCCUACUUACCUUUGUUGGUCAGACGAAUAGCCCCACCCUCCACUCCCAUUGUUCAUAUUUCCUCUAUGUAAGCUCACUUUUUACCGGCCUACACACACACACACACACACACUUCAGUCCCCGCUCGGGACUUUCUUCAGGGUCAAAAAGAACAAGACAACAAAUGAUAUACAUGCCAACAAUCAUUAGAUACCCAUAUAAUAACAGAAAAACUCACCCAGGUGUAUUACUGCCACCUCCUAUCGGAACCUGAGGGACUUCCAGGUGUGCGCACUCACCCGCACGCAUACUCACCCCGCCCCAAUCAAUAUAUUAUUUUGUUCUACGUGUAUUUUGAUAUAUAUAUAUAUUAAUUUCACAAUACAGUUAGAACGAAAUAACACAUCUAUAUAGUUUUUAAUUAUUUAUUUUUAAUUUUUUUCAUUUUAUUUUUUAACGUAUUAAAAUUUUUAUUAUAUAUAUAUAUAUAUAUAUAUAUAUAUAUACACACAAUAUAUUAAUCAGUAUCAGUCUACGUGUAAUUUGAUAUAGAGAUAUAGAUAUAUAUCUAUCUAUAUCUAUAUAUCUCUCUCUCUAUAUAUAUAUAUAUAUAUAUAUAUAUAUAUAUAUAUAUAUAUAUAUAUAUAUAUAUAUAUAUAUAUAUAUAUAUAUAUAUAAAAUAAAAAUGUAAAUACGUUAAAAAAUAAAAUUAAACAUAAAUAAUUAAAUAUAUAGAUGUGUGUUAUUUCGUUCUAACUGUAUUGUGAAAUUAAUAUAUAUCAAAAUACACGUAGAACAAAAUAAUAUCUAUAUGUGUGUGUGUGUAUGUAUAUGUAUAUAUAUGUGUGUGUGUAUAUAUAUAUAUAUAUAUAUAUAUAUAUAUAUAUAUAUAUAUAUAUAUAUAUAUAUAUAAUAUUUAAAAAAAUAUAUAUAUUAAUUCUACAUAUAUAUUUAUGUAAUAUUUUUACAUAAUUAGGUAUCUUAAUUAAUUACAAUUAGCGGGACCUGCCUGACAACCCAUGCCGAAAGUAAAGGGAAUUUAAUUUGCUAGCACUAUAUUUAACACUAUAACUUUCCGAGACACCAUAAAACCUGUACAUGGGGGGCACUGUUCUACUCGGGAGACUUCGCUGAACACAAAUAUUAGUGUUUCAAAACAGUAAAAUGUAUUACAACGAUAUCGCCAGUAAAAGUGAUGUAUUUUGCAUUUUUCACGCACAAACAGCACUUACACGGACGAUAUUAUUGCUGCAAUACUUUUUACUGUUUUGAAACACAUAUUUGUGUUCAGCGAAGUCUCCCGAGUACAACAGUACCCCUCAUGUACAGGUUUUAUGGUGUUUUCAAAAGUUACAGUUUCAAAUAUAAGGCUUGCGUUUCAUUUUUUUUCACAUUAAAAUUCGCCAGAUUGGUUACAUUGCCUUUGAGACCCUAUGGUAGCCCAAGAAUGAAAACUACCCCUAUGAUGGCAUACCAUUUGCAAUAGUAGACAACCCAAGGUAUUGCAAACAGGGUAUGUCCAGUCUUUUUUAGUAGCCACUUAGUCACAAACACUGGCCAAAAUUGGCGUUUUUUGCAUUUUUCACACACAAACAAAUACUAACGCUAACUUUGGCCAGUGUUUGGGACCAAAUGGCUACUAAAAAAGACUGGACAUACCCCAUUUGCAAUACCUUGGGUUGUCUACUAUUGCAAAUGGUAUGCCAUUAUGGGUGUAAAUUUCAUUCCCGGGCUACUAUACAGUCUCAAAGGCAACGUAACCAAUCUGGCGAAUUUCAAUUUCAAAUGUAACGUGCUAUAUUUGACCCUGUAACUUCCCAAAACGCCAUAAAACCUGUACAUAGGGGGUACUGUCUUACACGUGAGACUUUACUGAAUACAAAUAUGUGUAUUUUAUUGCAGUAAAAGCAAACAGUAUUAUGACAUUGACCGUUAAAAUGUCAUGUAGAACUAAAAAAAUAAAAAAAUCGUAUUUUCUCCCAUUUUUUUCAUAUUAAAUUAUGUUUCAUAGCUAAAUAUUUGAUAUUAAAUGAAAGCCCUGUUUCCCCUGAAUAAAAUGAUAUAUAAUAAGGGUGGGUGCAUUUACUAUGAAAGAGGUGUAUUACGGUUGGACAGACAUGUAGCGCAAAUGCCAGGUUUUGUUUACAUUUUGUUUUGUUCACAACGUGUACAUUUGGCCCCGUCCUUAAGGGGUUAAGGUGAUUGGGAACACCUGUAUUUACACACACCCUAUAUAUACACACACCACUUGAAGCGCCUAGACACCUCUUAACUCUUUGAGUUUCUGUUUUUUACUUAGAUUUCAGUAAGGCUUUUUACACUGUUCCACAUAGAAGGCUCAUCAAUAAACUGCAAUCUUUAAGUUUGGAUUCCAAUAUUGUUGAAUGGGUAAGGCAGUGGCAAAAUGACAGGCAACAGAGAGUUGUAGUCAAUGGAGUAUAUUUGAUGCAUGGGCUUGUCACCAGUGGGGUACCUCAGGGAUCUGUACUUGGACCCAUUCUCUUUAAUAUUUUUAUUAGUUAUAUUGCAGAAGGUCUUGAUGGUAAGGUAUGUCUUUUUGCUGAUGAUACUAAGAUAUGUAACAGGGUUGAUGUUCCAGGAGGGAUAAGCCAAAUGGCAAAUGAUUUAGGUAAACUAGAAAAAUGGUCAGAGCUGUGGCAACUGACAUUUAAUGUGGAUAAGUGCAAGAUAAUGCACCUUGGACGUAAAAACCCAAGGGCAGAGUACAGAAUAUUUGAUAGAGUCCUAACCUCAACAUCUGAGGAAAGGGAUUUAGGAGUAAUUAUUUCGGAUGACUUAAAGGACUGGUAGGAAGACAAUGUAAUGGAGCAGCUGGAAAUGCUAGCAGAAUGCUUGGUUGUAUAGGGAGAGGUAUAAGCAGUAGAAAGAGGGAAGUGCUCAUGCCACUGUACAGAACACUGGUGAGACCUCACUUGGAGUAUUGUACGCAGUACUGGAGAACGUAUCUUCAGAAGGAUAUUGAUACUUUAGAGAGAGUUCAGAGAAGGGCUACUAAACUGGUUCAUGGAUUGCAGGAUAAAACUUACCAGGAAAGGUUAAAUGAUCUUAACAUGUAUAGCUUGGAGGAAAGACGAGACAGGGGGGAUAUGAUAGAAACAUUUAAAUACAUAAAGGGAAUCAACAACGUAAAGGAGGAGACUAUAUUUAAAAGAAGAAAAAGUACCACAACAAGAGGACUGUAACGGCUUACCUGAAUGGGAGUCUGUAGCGCAGAUAUAUGUGCUCACCAUUGCAAGUAAACACAGGCCAAGGUGCUCAGGGAAGAACUCACCUGGCCUGUGAGUCUGUGCACGGGGGCUUUCCAGGAAUAGUGCUCCAAGUAGCAGUACAGCAGGGAUUAGCAGAAGCGUAGUCAAGGAAAGCCAAUGUCAGGGGAAGCCAGAGAUCAGAGUAGUCCAGGAGGAAAGCCAAGGUCAGAAGCCGGAAUCAGACAGGAAACACUGGAACGCUGAUACGAAGAGACAGGAACCAAACAAGGGAACCAGAGUCAAUGAACUGACACUGCCCUCAGGGAGAGGCAGUGUCUUAUACCUGGCUAAUUGGUGAUCAGCCACAGGUGUGCUGAGAUUGUUGGAGCAGCCACAGAAUAACUUCCAGCCCCCAGUGCUGGGUACAAGGCAAGAUAGACUUCUGGCUAUAGCAUGAGCUGAUAUGGUGGCUCAGAGGCAAAAUAGCAGCCCGAGGACUGCAAAGUACCCUGGUUCAAAUCCCCUGCUGGUCACUCCUGGGGCGACCUUGUCUGACAAGGACAUAGUGUUAAAUUAGAGGGGCAAAGGUUUAAAAUAAUAUCAGUAUUACUUUACUGAGAGGUUAGUGGAUGCAUGGAAUUAACGUGGUAGAUGUUAACACCGUGAAGGCGUUUAAGCAUGCGUUGAAUAGGCUUGAGGCUAUCCUAGACUUAAGAUAAGAUAAGGCCAGGGAUUAAUAAAAAGUAUUUCGAAAUAUUGGGCAGACUAGAUGGGCCGAAUGGUUCUUAUCUGCCGUCACAUUCUAUGUUUCAUACAUGUACACGACAAGAUAGUAUGCUUCUGGGCUUAUUCGUGAAUUCAACCUUCUGGGUGCAUUUGCUGUCUAAAUGGGUUUAUAAACUGACACCUACCCCACCCUUCCUCUUCAUUCUGUACCCUUCAAUUCAAGUUGAUAAAAAUCUAAAAAUAAAGAAUUGGGUGAGUCCUCCACCAAUUGUACAAGAGAUUUAAAAAACUAGUAAGCUACCAGUUUAGAACAGUACAUGAGGGACAUGCUGGAAAAAUGAUAUUCGAAGUGACCAGUUUUAAAAUAAAUAUAAAUGUUUAAUUUCUCGACUCUUGUUCCCUUUACAGCUGGCACAAUGGUGGAGCUGGGCCUGGAUAAACACAACCCUGAUGAUUUCUCUCAAGCCUUAGACCGCACUCUGGGGGACUUUGCCUUUCCAGAUGAGUUUGUAUUUGACGUGUGGGGGGCAAUAGGAGAUGCCAAGGCUGGACGAUACUAACUUUACACCAGCCAUCCUAAAGAUCUUCCCUGAUGGGGCUACUGAAUCCAUCCUCGUCUUCAACACUAAGAAAUGCUUUGUUCACAGCUGGGGUUUGGUGGUUGUAUGAGGGUUGCACAAACUUAAAUGGCCAAUGUAUGGCCUGAAUCUAGCAAUAAAAUGGACAUGCCUGCAGUUGGACCCAUACUGUUAUACCAGCAGCAGAAAUGGAUUCUCUUGUGUUAACUGCACAGGCACAGUCCUGCUAUCUGAAGGGACCGUGAAGAGUUAACUGGUUCUAAAUGUGUCCAAGUGAAAGACUAAACAUCUUAAAUAAUGGGUUAUUUUACCACUGUAAGAAUCAUUAAAUAGUGUACUAGUUGCUAAUCCCUUUUCCCGUACAAAGUAAGUGGAUGCUAUGAAGAUUCUUUUAGAAACUCAAGUGUGUUUUCAAUUAGGUCAUCCUUUUCCUCAUAGUGAGGAUUUACACAACAACUAUCUGUUUGUAACAUGACAUGCCGACUGCAAACCUUUCAGUAUUUCCAUAGAGUCCCUGACACUGGCUGUUUUGAGUUACUCAUAUGGACAAGGUUUAAAAACUGGUUUUAUAAAGUCUGAAGAUAAUGUUUUAAAGGAGGUUCCUAAGGCCUUUGGAAUCUCCCUCCUAUGGGAGAAGAUGUCAAGGACCCGAAUAUUAAGUGCCAGUGGAAUAACGUAUAUGAUGUCAUGGAGUCUCGUGUAGGUUAAAAGAUUUAAUUAUAUAACACUUAAGGCAAAGUGUAUCUUUUGGGCAUCUUUCUGUUGCAUAACAAUAGGUUGCCACAAAUGGGAGACGUUGUUACUAAAUGUUAAAGGGACACGAUCUUGAUUUUUUUAAAUUUUUUUUUUGUUUAAAAAGAAUGUAGCAUAGAUUAGUGGUGAAAAAAAUAAACUAUACUUUAUAUGUGGGAGUUAAGGUUUCACUACACCCCAUUUAUUGCUUUGGGGGAGGUUUUGUUACAAUUUUAUACUGUCCAUAGUGGUUUUAAAAUAGAGCUGGUACUAGCAAGUAUUAAGACAAAAGUAGGCUGAAAAAAAUAAAUUAAAAUAAACAUGUGUCUUUGUUCUCUAUUACAUUUGAUUGAUUGCUAGUCCUGUGGCCAAUAUUCUGUGUUGUAUUUUCAUUUUAUAUUUAAAAAAAAAAAAAAAUUACAGUGAUCAGCAUUGUAUGGGAAGUUUUCUGUUAGUACCGCGCACACAUAGCUGAGAGGGAUGACUUGAAGAUACUAUAUAGUAGAGUAUAACUGAUUUAGAUUUCUAAGCAAAAAUUAUUUGUAAUGAAUACAUAGUCUGGGGAAAAAAAAAACUCUUUCAGCAAUCCCUAAUCUAGAUUCAUUACAGUGUUUUUGUUCUGCGCCAGGCCAGAUCUGAUGCAUUUUUUUUUUUUAUUUUUUUUUUAGUGCGCAUUUAAAUACUAAGAUUCUUCUUUUUAAAAAAAAUCAUUUUUUUUUUUUUUUUUUUAUUCUCACCGAACCAUGUACUUCAGUCUGCAUUUUUUCAAUUGGUUAAAAAAAAACAUGAGUAAAACUAUUCGGUUGAGCUAAUCCAAACCAGUAGCAAGCUGUUUCAUUCAUGAAAACCAUGAAUGAAGUGGUUUGCUCAAAAUAAUAUAUGCCAUAUGUUAUCAGUCUGUCUGUAGUUGGAUAUGCAAGAUAGUACAUCUGUAUAUGUUGAACAGAGGAGUUAGGUGAAUGGGGAAACAUUUUCAUACUUUUAUUUAUUUAUAUAAAAUACAAAAUCACACUCAAAGUUCACCUAUUUGGUGUCCUUAAUGGACAACAGCAAGCUGCUGUUAUGGUGCCAGGAGGGCCCUGGUGGUCCAUAUAAGUCGGUAGUCAAACCGUUUUUAGAAUGAUUAAAAUUCUUACCUGUGGUUUUCCAUGCACCUUUCCCUUACUCCACUCCAUCUGAUAUCCUAUUUAGGAGCUUCCAUCACUGCUUAUAAUGGGAGGGUGCGAGGGCACUCCUGGAACCAUAACCACUACAGCACACUGUACUAAUUAUGAUUCUUAAAAUAUUCCUUUAAUUGCAGCUGGUGUGUGUGUGUGUGUGUGUGUGUGUGUGUAUAUGUGUGGCAUAUAUACUAUGCCAUUAUUUGUUGGAACUACCUAGAAGAGAUACUACUUUAACAGAGUGUGUUAUGUAAACAAAGUCCUGCUGAAAUGUAAUGAAGGUUUGUGCUAAAACACUUCUAAUAUAGUAUGAGUUUGUUGCACCUCCUAAUGUUGGGUUAUGGUGCUGCAUUAAGUUAAGUACUGUGUUAAUGUAAUUUUAUAAUCUGUGUUGGGGAAAAAAACAUCUUUUGUAACCUUGAAAUCUUCUCGUUUACUGCUUGAAGGUGAGAUUUUCCUACAACUAUAUUAAUAUAAGGCAAAUUUCUGCCUGUGGUUUUUUUUCUUCCCUGAAAUCUACAUUAGAAUUGUAUGUUUUGUCACAAUACCAGUUACAAAUGUUCUUUGAAUAAAAUGUCUUUUUUUGUUUUGUUUUUUUCAGCUUGUUUUGUAUAGUGUCUGCUUUGGUUAAGAUGUAUCUACAGAUGUGGUUUACUGCGCUAAAAACAGAUUAGAUGACAGUGAUGUCACUAAUUUGGGCCUGUUAGUGCCCUAUUAGUUAAUUAAGCCAUGCCUGUAGAGGAAAUUGUACUAAGGUAUGAUAUGGUGAGUACAAUUGUGGCUGUAAGGCAAACUCUGCAGUUCUGUUCUCUGUAUGAAAAUGUAUAAAGUAGAACUGGCCAACCUGAUGGACUUAUAAAGUAUCAUGAGAAUUGUAGUUCAACGGCUGAGGAUUGAGAAUUGUAGUUCAACGACUGUCGCUCUAAAAAAUGACUUUUUUUUUUAAAAUCUCAUUUAUUUUUUUCAUCCAUCCUCUGUAGAUCUCAGUUAUGUAGAAUAAGCUUCUCUCUAAAUCCAUUCUCACUCUUCCCUCCAUUAUUGUUUUUAUUUUAUUUUUUUUUCUCCCCUGCACAUUUUUCUCUACACCAUUCCCUCCUCCCGGUCGGAUUCUGUCUAUUUUAUACACAGACUCUAGGAACUGGUUUAUCUCAACUGCAGAAAACAAUGUGCUGCUAAUCACACCUCAUUCUGUCUAAUAAACUCCUACAACUUGGUAUGUCUGUUUCCAAGAAUU